AUGUUGAUUGUGAGAAAAGGAAAAGGCGGCGGAGGAGGCUCAUUCUCACCGGAGAGUAAUCGACUAGGUGUCAAUCGGUUGGAAAUGUACUUGGGACCAGAUACAAAUCAGAUUGUUCGCGUGUCGUGGGUGUUCGAAAGUGAAGUUAGUGCCUUGGACUGGAUUGGACUUUUUGAUCGAGAAGAAACCGAUCCAUUUGCAUACCGGGAUUUCAAAAGUAAUGGUGCCGUUGGAGGUCAACAAGGAGAAAUCCACUGGCAUGUGGCUGGGGCCCUAUUCUCCAGUACUUCUACGAGCUAUGUUUGCUUCCGAGGUUUUCUCGACAUUCAAAUUUUGCAGAAAUCUCGGCAACUGGCAUUGGAAGAUCAGCUGUUCAAGCUCGAGUCGAAUACGGUGGCAAAAAAGCAGCCACCGCAACUUCAAAUUCGCCAAACUGGGAGAACCUCGAUCUUCAAAUUCCUAUUUCACACUCCUCAACAAUCACCGUCGCCAUACUUGGUUACUCUGACCGUCGUCUUUAAUAUUUUACCUGAAAAAGGUGUGUGCAAAUUGCCAGAACCAGAUCCAAACGAAGAUAAAAUGUCAAGCUCGGGUGGCGUGAGUGCUAGUGUUAGUGGCACUAGCGUCUCCACGGAUAGUGGAAAAUCUAGCGGCGGCCCAUCUACCUCAACUUCUGAUCAUUCACUUCCAAAUUUGCCGGAACUUCCACCUGGUUGGGAAGCACGGGUAGAUCGAGUUGGACGGGUAUUUUAUAUUGACCACGCAACGAAGAAAACGACAUGGCAACGACCAGAAUAUGCAUAUGCUGAUGCUUCCGAGGCUGGAACUCCUGGAAAAAAAUAUCACUUUUUCCGCCGUACCAUCGGAAAUUCUGUUCCGGAGACCGACAUCCCGAAUGCAUUAAAAUUUUUGAGGAGAGCGGAUUUUGUAAACAUUUUGCAUGCUAAUACGGAAGCUCUCCGAAUCUACAAUGAGUCACAAGUUCUUCGACAUCUUGUGCACAAAUUGAGAAAAUCUGAGGAACGAGUGGAUAAAUAUGAGCAUAAUCGGGAAUUUGUCCUGUUUGUGAACACUUUUGCCGACAUUACCCAACCACUUCCCACGAAUUGGCAGGAAAGCGGUUCAAAUCCGAAAAUCUUCAUCAAUCACGGCACCCGAAAAACAACCCUUCUCGACCCUCGUCUUCCCGUGCCCCAGGAGAGAAAACGGAGAACGAGAAGCGCCCCUCCACAACGCAACAAUAUACAGAAGGAUAGCAAUGGGAAUUUGUUGGAUAUUGUGAAUAGGACGGAGGAGAUUGCGGCUGCUGUUGAGAAAAGGAUGCCACAAUUGGCGACAAAGGUCAAACGAAAACUAAAACUUAUCGAACGGAUGGGUGCCACGGCCUUGGAUAGAUUAGCAAAUGAUGUCGACCUGAUCCUUGCCAUCAGCAUGCUUGAUUCUGAAGAAAACGGAAACGUCUCCGACUUUGACGAAAAAGUAGCUCAUUUCUACAAUUGCCUCCAAAGAAAUGGGUGUGCCCGAGGACCACAAAAGAUCAAACUACGAUUCUCAAGAACAAAUCUGCUUCAAGACGCAUAUGACCAAAUCUUAAGUACCGAUUCGUGUCUGUUGAAACGGGCCCGAUUAUCUAUAACCUUCGAUGAUGAGGAUGGUCUCGAUUACGGUGGGCCGUCGAGAGAAUUGUUCUAUCUGCUAUCCCGCGAGCUAUUCAACCCUUAUUACGGGCUUUUCGAGUAUUCGGGGGAUCGAGAAUACAUGAUCCAAAUCAACCCAAUGUCUACGUUUAUCGAGCAGCAUUUGAAAUGGAUGGAGUUGGCGGGUAAAGUGUUGGGUCUCGCAUUAGUGCAUCGAUGUCUGGUGGACACGUUUUUUACUCGGGUGUUUUACAAAUACCUCCUUGGCCAAAAAAUCGAAUUGGAGGACCUGGAAUUGUUAGACAACGAAUUCUACAAUAGUCUUAUCUGGAUUCGUGAGAAUGUAGUAAUGGAUGAUCUGGAGCUUACUUUUAUGGCAAUGUGCGAGAUUGGAGGAGAGAUCAUUGAAAAAGAACUGCUACCGAAUGGGAAAGAACUAAAGGUUAAUGAGCAUAACAAGGAGCAUUUCAUUCGGUUAAUGGUAAAAUGGCGAGCGGAGCGGGGUGUUGAGCCUCAGCUAAAAGCGUUGUUAUAUGGCUUUCAUCAGAUAGUCGAGAAAGAAUUCCUGUAUGUUCUGACUCCAGAUGAGAUCAAGAUGAUGCUGUCAGGAAUUGCAGAUAUCGAUUUAGAAGACUGGAGAAGGAAUACAGAAUAUAGGGGUGGCUAUUAUGAGGAACACAUUGUCAUUCAAUGGUUUUGGGAUGUUGUUGAAGGAAUGAGUAAUGCUGAUCGAUUGAAGCUUUUGCAGUUUGUCACCGGCACUUCAUCAAUUCCAUUUGAGGGCUUUAGAGGUCUACGUGGCUCUAAUGGCCCUAAGAAGUUUACGAUAGAAAGAUGGGGCCAGGAAGAGUGCCUUCCACGUGCUCACACAUGCUUCAAUCGGCUCGAUCUACCCUCUUACCGUACUCGGCAUAUGUUAACGUCAAAACUACAUUUGGCGAUUAAAGAGGGCAUUAAUUAUGCCAUAGAA